AUGUCGAGCUGUUGUUGCAUCUCAACUGAUACCGUUGUGGUAGAAUGCAGCAUAGUCACUCCCGCUCCCCAGUGGUCCGACAUAUCCCGAGGUGCUAUUGUACCACAUAUCGUACAAGGUCUCGCCGACGCCGUACUUUUCGGGAAACGCCACCUUCUUCAUCAGCUCGAUGGCGAUGGUCUGAAUCUCUCCCGACCCGGAAAUAGCCGUCCUUGGCCCCGAGACAGCAGUGUCGAGGUUGAUGUACGCCACGGCCUUGCCGACCAGCUCGGGGAGGUGGUCCUCGACCCACUCGGUCGACCCCAUCAGGCCAAACUCCUCGGCAUCCCACGACGCAAAGAUGAUGGUGCGCCGCGGCUUCCAACCGCGCUCAAUGAGCUUGCCAAAGGCCCUGGCCAUCUCGACCAGAAGCGACCCGCCCGAGAUGGCAUCGGCGGCGCCACCCGUGGUCCAGCCGUCCCUGUGGUUCCCGAUGAUGACAAACUCGUCGUCGGACGUGCCGUUGAUGUAUCCCAUGACGUCCCAGGCCGGCUCCAGCCUCUUGUCCAUAAAGUGCACCAUGUCGAGCGUGGCGCCGGGCGCUGGCCCGCUGCUGUAGCUGACGUUUGCAAAGGCGCCGACCCAGCUGCUGCGGUUGGCCUCCUUGCCCGACACGCCGUGGCCGUCGAGCGCGCGCAGCAGCUGCAGGCCGUCGCGCAUGCUGAUGGGGAUGGAGGGGAUCUUGGGCCCGAGAUCGCUGAUGUCGCCGCGGGGCGCGUCCAGCCGCGACGGGUAGCCGAUGGUGGACGGGUCGCCAAAGGACAGCGACGCCCAGCGGGUCGAGCCACGCUGGAUGGCCGACGGGUGCCGGGCUGGGCCGUCGGGGUAGGCCUUGUAGCCGUUGGCCUCGGUGACUUGGCCGUCUUCAAGGGGGUCCGUGUAGAGCACGGCGCCCACCAUGCCGUUCUCCUGCGCGUUCUUGAUCUUGACGCCGCGGUUCGUCCCGCCAUACUGCGCCAGGGCGAUUUUGCCUUUGAGUUCGACGCCGAGGUCUACGAGCCGCUUGUAGUCGCCGCGGGUGCCGCGUCUUUUUGGGGUUUCUGCGCGACAUGCGACGACCCAUCCGGCCUGCGGAGACGCAGUGAGCUCUGGCUGGGCUCCGUGUACGUGAUCCAGUACUCUGCGAUCUGGACCUCCAAGCCGGCGUCCUGCCACAUCUGCCGCGUCCACUCGGCCUGCGACCUGUUGGAGCCGGCCAGGCGCAUGCCGGAGCUGUAG